AAUAAAAUCAAACAAGAAGUUGUAUACCAGUGCUGCAGAAGCACGUGUGACUGAAGAGUUUGUCUUGCUACAUGUUAUUUAUCUUUUUCAGCAAAUAACAUUGUUUACUCAUGAUGGAACUAGCCGAGGCACCUCAGGUGGAAAAUGCUCUCCCACCUCCGAAAGAACUCAAGAAAGAGUCCGGCGAGGAGGACAUCUUUGAGGAAGAGGCACUGCUGACAGAAGAAAACGAGGAUUCUGAUUAUCUUAAGAACGAUGUGACGGAUCCUCGCACUUUGUUCAUAAAGAACCUUCCCUCCUCUGUGAAACAAGAUGAACUGAAAAAAGUCUUUGACCAGGCCACAGACAUUGAAAUACCAGUAGACAAUGAAGGUUCUACCAAAGGGGAAUUUGGCUACGUUGAAUUAGCUUCAGAGGAAGAUCUAAAGAAAGAUUUGGAGCUGAAUGACAAGAAGUUAAGGGGCCAACCACUAAUACUUGACCGAGCCAGUGACAAAGAAAAUGUCCAGGAAAUCCAAGAGCGAUGUGCACGUACUUUGUUCAUAAAAAACCUUCCACACUCAACAAAGCAAGAUGAUCUGAAGGAAAUCUUUCAAGAAGCCAUUGAUAUCAGACUACCAUUUGGUAAAAAUGGUUUGGCUAGAGGAAUUGCUUACAUUGAGUUUGCGACUGAAGCUAUUGCUGACAAGGUGUUUGAGGAGGCACAAGGGUCAGAUGUUAAAGGAAACUCCAUCGUCAUUGAUUAUAUGGGAAAAAAGAGUACCACUCUGCCAGAUAUUAAUACAACAAGCAGACUACUUAUAAAUAAUCUGUCAUUUAGUGUGACUGAAGACUCUCUUCGGGGUAUGUUUGAGAAGGCUGUGGCUGUCAAUAUUCCAUACAAAAAUGACCGUCCGCAAGGGUAUGCCUUUGUGGAGUUUGAGUGUGUAGAGGAUGCCAAAGAGGCAAUGAAGACCUGGAACUUCAAAGACUUGGAUGGCAGAAUGGUCAGACUAACAUACAUGACAAAAAAGAAAGAGGAUAAGAAACGGGACUCAGAAAAAAGAAAAAUGAACACAAAAGACAAAGAAACAAGCCCAGCCAAGAAGGCAAAAAGUGAUGAAGAAUUCAUUCUCUUGGUUGGCAAGUUAAACUGGACGAAGGAUGUCCAUGAAAUUAAAUCUGCAAUCUCCCAUUUCUUCUCAAAUGAAGGCCUUAAAAUUCAGAAAGUGUGUCUUUGCACCAACAAGAGAUUUGGCUAUGUUAACUUUGCAUCAGAGAAUGAGCUACAGAAAGCUUUGGAGCUUGAUGGCAAGAAUGUAAUGGGCCAACCAGUGAAACUUGACAGAGCCAGUAAAGAAGACAUGGUAGGAAACAAAGCCAUGGAGUUGGAGACAACAGAUCCCAUAAUUCCACGCUCCUUCACAGCGUCAUCAAGCUACGGUAUUGUUGUUGUUUUGAUCGUGCGCCCCCUAGCUGCGUUUUUUUUUACAAACUGCACCUUUGAAACUAACUGCUCGCUUUCAUUUUCUCUCUUCUUAGCUGCUAAUUUAGCAAAUAAAAUUCUUGUUGUGAGCAACCUGUCAUAUAGUGUGACUGUAAACACUCUCCGGCCCAUGUUUGAGAAGGCAGUGGCCAUCAGAAUACCACAAAAAUAUGGGAGGCUGCGGGGAUUUGCAUUUGUACAGUUUGAGAGUGUGGAAGAUGCCAAGGAAGCGCUGGAGAAUUGCAACAACAUGGAGAUUGAGGGCAGAAUUGUCCACAUAGAGAUCAGCAAAAGCAAGGAAGAAAGAGUUGGAGGAGGAAUGGGAAACUUUGCUGCUGUUCAGUCAAGCAAAACUCUUCUUGUCAACAAUUUGUCAUUGAGUGCCACCAAAGACUCUCUCUUGUGUGUGUUUGAGAAGGCGGUGGGCAUCAGAAUAUCACGAAAAAAAGGCAAAUCGAUCGGAUUUGGAUUUGUGGAGUUCGAGAGUGUGGAGAAUGCAGAGGAAGCGCUGAAGACCUGCAACAACGCUGUGAUUGAGGGCCGAAAUAUCAGACUAGAGUUCUGUCAAAGCAGGGAAGAUAAAGAAGCCAGAAUAGGAAACUCAGCUGCUUUUUCAUCAUCCAAAGCUGUAAAAAAAGUGCCAUUCAGUUCGACCAAAGACUCUACCCAGAGUGUGCUUGAGAAGUCAGUGAGCGUCAAAAUACCACUUAAUAUUGGUAAUCAGAAGGGAUGUGCAUUUAUGGAGUUUACCAGUGUGGAGGAUGCCAUAGAGGCACUAAAGACUGUGAACAAGGCCGAGAUUGAGGCCAGAAGUGUCACACAGUGUCACACAGUGUUCAGUCAGAGCAAGAAGAUGGAGGGAGAAAGAUGGAGCUAUAGACCCUUAAAAACCCUGUUUGUCAGAGGCCUGUCAGAUGAUACUAAUGAUGAGACACUGAAAAAUGCGUUUGAUGGAGCCGUCAACGCCAAAAUCAUCACAGAUCGAGAGACAGGAUCCUCAAAAGGGUUUGGUUACGUAAACUUUGACACCGAAGAAGACUGCAAAGCUGCAAGAGAAACAAUGGACGACUGUGAGAUCAAUGGGAAAAAAGUGUCUGUGGACUAUGCCCAGCCAAAAUGUGAGGGAGGUCGAGGCAGAGGUGGUUCCUUUGGCCGAGGAAGGGGUGGAUUUGUUGACCGAGGCAGAGGAAGGGGUGGUUUUGAUGGCAGAGGAAGGGGUGGUUUUGAUGGCCGAGGCAGAGGAAGGGGUGGUUUUGAUGGCCGAGGCAGAAGAAGGGGUGGUUUUGAUGGCAGAGGAAGGGGUGGUUUUGAUGGCCGCGGCGGAAGAAGGGGAGGUUCUGAUGGCCGAGACGGAGGAAGGGGAGGUUUUGGUGGCCGUGGAGGUGAAAGAGGCGGUGGCUUCAGGGGAAGGUCAAGAGGAAGAAGAGGUGGACGACAAGGAUCUGGGAACUAAUUACUUGUUAGUGACCGUGUACAGCUUAAGAUGUCCUUUAUUAUAUAAUUAAUUAAAACCAGUUCGGCAUGUUUUAAUUGAAUUAGAUGUAUGGAUGGCGAAUACGUACAGCAGAGGCGAGUCAUCAGAGGACAAAUCUCUCGCCAGUUCUAAUCAAAAGCUGUUAACCAAUAAGUAAAAAGUACUUUGUUAUUUAAGUACUUUUUAUAUUUUCCAGAAAAAAUAAAUGUUCAUUGUUUUAAAGACC